UGGAGAACGCCCCCAAAGCCAAAGCCAAAUGACCCAUCUUCUUAUAACCUCUUUCCUUCUCUCUAAAGCAAAGGAGCGAGAGAGGAGGGGGAAGGGGAACAAUAAAAAUCCCAUCUUUUUUCCCGCGCCUUUUGCUUUUCCUCGUGUCUGAUUCUUCAGGAAUCUCUCUCUAUCUCUCUCCCCUCGGCCUCCCCUUUUUUUUUUUUUUUUUUUCAACUGGGGUCUCUCUCUCUCUCUCCUCCAUCCUCGUCCACCACCAUCUCCCUUUAAUCUUCUGGUUGUGAUUUUUCUUUUGGGCCGUUUUGUCCUUUUUCUCUCUUGGGUUCCUGUUUGUUUUGUUUUUUAUGCUCUGAGGAGUUGCAAUUUGAGCGUUUGCUUUUGCUGAAAGGGUGGGCGAGAUCCUACCUUCACCCCUCCUCACUAUUUAACUUUCCCUGCCCCGGCCUCCCUCUUGAUCAUAUCUCUCUCCCUUCCUUUCUAGAUUCUGCUUGAUUCAGAAAAAUUUGAUCUUCCCUAUUAGAAUUUGAAUUUGAAUUCUCAAGAUCGAGAAUAAAGGGGAGAUUCUUGUUUCCAGUAAGCAACCCUGUGGUCGUUUCUUUAUAAGUCGUGGAAAUUCUCCGCAUUCUCUCGGUGGAAUCCCAAGUCUUUAUUUUGGAGACGAAUUUCGAAGAGUAUUACGACCAGUGGCAAUGGAGACUCUGUAUUCACCUUCCUGUAUGUCCAAUUCCGCUUGGCUCAGCACCAGCUGGACUAAGGAAGAGAACAAGAGGUUCGAGAGCGCGCUCGCGAUACACGAUACGGACACGCCGGAUCGGUGGGAUAAGAUCGCCGCGAUCGUUGGGAAGUCGGUUCGGGACGUGGCGAACAAGUACAGGGAAUUGGAAGAGGAUGUGUGCGAAAUCGAGGCCGGUCGGGACCCGAUUCACGGGUACUUGUGCUCGAGUUUCGCGCUGGAGUCCUUCGAUGAAAGGGAUUUCGAUGCAUGCAGGAAGAAAUCUUCGGCUGGCCGCGGAGCCGAUCACGAAAGAAAGAAGGGAGUGCCUUGGACGCAGGAGGAGCACAGGCGGUUCCUGAUGGGGCUCCUCAAGUACGGCAAAGGGGACUGGAGAAACAUCUCGCGGAACUUUGUGGUGUCAAAGACACCCACUCAAGUCGCAAGCCAUGCUCAGAAGUACUUCAUGAGACAGGUUUCUGGUGUGAAAGACAAGAGGAGACCAAGUAUACACGACAUAACUACAGUUAAUCUCACAGACCCGGCUUCAUCUUCCGAGAAUAAUAGGGUUUCCUCUUUGGAUCAACUCAAUGCACUUUCCUCACAGCAGAAGCUCAUCGGUGCACCAGAGCUGGCCCUUGACCAUAGUCUCCCUAACUAUGGAGGAUUUAUGUUUUUUGACUCGAGCCAUGGGCAUCUAUUGAUGCCAGAUGCGUAUGGGUUUGGUCUGAAUGGAAAGAGAUGGCAGGAAAAGGAUAAUCCGGACGGUGUUUAUCCAGGUGCAGGGUUCCGCAGUUCAUUGAUUGGAAUUCACUCUUCAAGACACCAAAUUCAGGGAUGACAGGAUCAAAUGUUAUGACUAGUGAUCUUGUGUACAUUUAGAGCUUGUUGCUUAUGUGAUAUUUAAGUACUCAUGAAUGAAAAGAACAAAAAAAUGUUGAUGUAUGUCUCUCUGGGUUUGUAACUGUGGAAUAAAAGGAGAGAUUUGACUUAAUUUUGGCCCUCUAUUAA